UCAUGUCAAUGACAAAACAGUCAGAAAAAAUGAAGGAAAUUCAACAAAAACGAAAGAAAAUGUUCAGUUUCAAACAAAUGGGAAUUUUACUGAGAACAACAUGAAUAUUAAAGGAGGGAUGGAGGAGUGGUCUUAUGCUGAAGAACAACACCCCCUCAGGAGAACUUCUUAUAUAAGCUUGAUAAAACUAAAUGCUGCAGACAACAUGUACUUCUUUACUCUGGUUCUUGGGCUUUGGCUUCUUCCAACAGCUGACGCUCUUCAAUGUUAUGAGUGUUUACCAAACAUUUAUGGAAGCUGUACCGAUACAACAUCAGAAUGUCCCUCGCAGGAUUACCAAUGUGCUGCUGCAAGAGUAACAACAUUUUUAGGUGAUUCAGAGAUCUCUGACAUCACAGGUAAAAGUUGUACCCAGGCUAAAGACUGUUUCGAAGGAUCAGUCAACUUUGGAAUUUCCAAAACCAGGAUAAACACCAGCUGCUGCACUGGGAACCUCUGCAACGCCAAACCAGCCCCUUAUUCCAGCCUGGUUUCUAAUGGCAGACAGUGUUUCACCUGCAAAGGAACUGACUGCACACGACCUUUGAACUGUGAGGGGAGUGAGGACCACUGCGUCAAAGCUACAGGGACUGCAGAAGGGGUCACUAAGAUUUUAAAAGGCUGCACGUCCAAGCAGUUUUGCUCUGGGGAUGCGAUUGCACAAGCCGCUCACAUGAUUGGAAUCGACGUAAGUUGCUGCCAGGGCAACUUCUGCAACAGUGCCAGCGGUCCAAUUGGUGGUCUGCUGCUGUUGAUGGUGCCGCUCAUCUCUUUCAUUUUGUUUUCCUAGUGGAUGCAAACAUGAAUAUUCUGCUUUUAAAAUCACAGCCACCAAUUAGAAAGAACAUUGUAUCCAGUGUUUUCCUGAACUUAAAAUAAAAAUGUCUUGAUGUUUGAGUUUUCAUUCAGUUUUCAUAAACCAUACUGAGAAACUUUAUUGCAGGGGUCACCAGGUUACUCUGCCAGGAAUCAGCCAGCGAGCCACCCUGCCUGACUUGCUUUUAAAUUAGAUGUCAAGCUGUCCGUUUUCAGUGAAUAUCUGAUCUAAAAUUUAUUUAGAGGAAGUAAGAUAAAAAUCUGAUUAAUUACAUAAAUCUUACGGCAAACGUGAGGAAAUAUGCAUAUUAAUCGCUCAGGUUGCAGUCGUAGCACCGAUCUCCGUUUCUGUCCACUUUGAUCAGCAGCUGCACAUGCGAGGACACGCUUCUAAAGAAGACGGGGUGACAUCAUUAUACAGACCACAAUAACGUCCUCUAUAAAACAUCCUGAGAAACAGGAAAGUCCCAUCUGGGGUAAUAGCUGGGUAACGUAAAUAAAAUUCCUUUCCUUUGUUUUU